UAAGAAAGCUGAGCGCCGACGCGGGGGGGUUACAUCGGACUCACCGUGGCUGAUUUCGCUCCGCGCUCUUCGCCUCCUCCAGAAACGCCAUGCAACUCGCUCGCCUCGCCGGCCUGUGCGCCGCUCUCCUGCUCGCCGUCAGCGUGGCAGCGGAGUCGGUGAGAGAAACUGAGAUUAUGGAUCCAAAACUGAACAUAGAGGAAUUUGCAUCUGGUGACUUGCCAGAUGAUGAGGAUGCAAGGUCAGACUUAACAAUUGAUUAUUAUGAAGAUGAUGAGUUUUCAGGUUCAGGAGAUGAACAAGGUUAUACAGAUAUGGAGGAUAAAUUGGUUUCUGCCACCAGUAGCACUAUGGAUUCCAUGGACAACUCUAUUCCUGACUCCAAAAAAGAUGCCAAGGAUGAAACUGAACCGGCUGUGAUAGACAAUGAGAUUAUUGUUCCCAAAAAAUCAUCUCCUGAAGGAGAAGACCUGUCUAACAAGGUCUCAAUGGCCAGCACAGCCAAUGGGAGCAUCUUCGAGAGAACAGAAGUGCUUGCAGCUCUUAUUGCAGGUGGAGCAGUUGGGCUCUUGUUUGCUGUCUUCCUCGUCCUGCUCCUAAUCUACCGCAUGAAGAAGAAGGAUGAGGGCAGUUAUGACCUUGGCAAGAAGCCCAUCUACAAGAAAGCUCCUACAAAUGAAUUCUACGCCUAAGGCUUGCCAGUGCUUGAUGUACCAACUCGGGAGUCAGAAAUAGACUUUGUAUAAAGAAAAAAAGAAAAAAAAAGCAUUUGGACCAUGGACAAAAUGCUCUGAAACAAAUACUCUUUUGGAUCUAAUGUCAAACUGUUGUUUGUUUUUUAAACCCUCCUUUCCAGCCCUUCCUACUAACGAAUGAGGAUAUAAAAUAAAUAAAGCAUUCGGAAUCCCAGGAUGGGGAAGGGAAACCCCACACAAAGUAGCAUGUGCUUUAAAUAUGGAAAGGAAAAUUUGUUGAAUUUUAUAUUUGGGUGAAGGGGAUUGUAUAUGAAACUCUUGCAUUUGGUUGCAGUGCUUCAGCUUACCUUGUUUUAUAGAAAGUGUUAAGAGGACUGUCCCAUAGCCUACUUAGGGAUCACAAAAGAUGUGACUAGUCACUGUCAUCUUUUUUUUUAAACAACAACAACAACAAAGUUAUUUAUGAAAUUUCCUACACUACAUGCAUCAUAAAUUAGUCUUGGGUCUUGAGAAAAUUAUUCAGUAGCUCUGCCUGUAGUUUGGGCCUUGCUGAGAGAAGCGGUUAUAUGUAAAGGAUUCCCCUCAGAUUUCCUUCUUAGGGAGCUGGUACUCAGUCACCUAUAAAAGCAAAUCGUUAGAGGAAUAUCAUGUCUUCCAUUUUGUAAUAGGAUACUUUUAGUGAAGAGGGUUUCACUAAAAAUGUCAAUAGCUGCCUAUAAAAUCCAUCAAAAUACUGCUUAAUAAUAAUAAUAAAAUUGUUUUAUAGUCAUUCAUAAAUAUUUCACUUGUAGUUCCUCCCUUCCUGUUGCUGGACAUCUUUCUACCAAGAUAGCAUUUCAGAUCAAUGAUUGCACAACCUGAGAAUGUUUCAGCUUUCUACGUUCAUAUCAUAAAUGAUACUAAACAAGAGAAGAAGAUAUUUAUGUAUUUUUUUCCAAAAUAAAAGCAAAGAUGUGUUUGUUUUUAAUAGAACUAUUUAUAGUUUCCAAGAUGGCUGCUCUGUUUUGGGUAACUUCUUUUUAUAUGUAAAACACUAAUAUAAUGAAACUCCUAAUGAUUGUGAAAACUAUUUAAGCUUUACUCUGUGUAUUAUAUAUAUAUAUAUAUCCUAGAUGCAAUAAUCUCUGCUUAGAAUUAAUGUUUAUGUGCAAAAUUGGUUUUCUCUGAAAUAAGUGUAAAGGGGGGGAGGGGUUUUUUAGCUUUGUAAUAUAUUAUCGUUACUAUAGAGCUAUAUUUUUUCAGUAAAGUGCACAGUUUUUAUAAAAAUACCAGAAGGACUUUAUGCAGUUUUUCUGCAUGGGUGAUGGGGUUACUUUCUCUGAUAUAUGGAGUUUUGUUUUGUUUUUAAUACCAGCCCAUUCUGAGUGGAGCAACAACUUCACAGAGCCACAAAUGGCAACUGAAAGUCACUCAGAUAAACUGAGAUCUGGAUUUUGCUCUUGGCUUCACUUGCAUGGUCAGUUGGUAACUUGGGUAGGAGGCCUUGCUUUGCGGGUGGUGGGGCUGCUUUACAAAGAUAAUUCAGCUAGUUUAAGAAAUAGUACACAACAUGGUCUGGAAGCACAUGGUACGAAUAUUUCUUUCUCUUAGCAACUUGGUCCUUUCAUGAAAACAACCAAGACAUUAUGAUGCUAAAGCAAGCUUUUGUUCCCUUUUAGAACCUUGGCUGAUGCUCUUGGCUUUCGAAGUUUUGAAUGAGCAUACAGCUAUUUUUCCUCUUAAGGAAUAGAGACGCUGAUUGUACUUGGCGAAAAAUGUCUUGGGGAGAAUUUGCAAUCCAUCUAUAUAGCAAGCUAGGACAGAUAGAAGAUUUUGAAUAGCCUGCCUCUUCUGUACCAGAUCAGGCUGAAGUGUGAAAUUGCUGCAGCUGAGCUGGUUUUCAGGUAGAGGAGGUAGCUUGGCGAAGAUGCUUGCACUUAACUACUUUAUAUAGCAUCCUAUGCAUUCCAUUGAAGGAUCAUGCAAAGCUGCUGCUUCAGAACAAUGACAUGUGAGAUGUAUAUUUUUAUCUAAGAUUUUUACUUGGAAAACCCCUAUUAAUUCAAAAAUCCUUUUAAGGACUUCAGUCAAUGUGGUGGGAUCAAACUGUAUAAUUUUGAUGUGCGCUCCCCUUGUUUUUAGACUAUUGCUUAUAGGGCAGGACUUGUGACUCUUAACUUACUUAGCAGGAGCCAAAGGGAAAACAGCUUGAGUCAUAUAAAUCCCGAUAUAUAAUCUUGAUCUUUCCCUAAUUUUGCACCCUUUUAAAAGCCUGAUGUAAUUUGUGCUUCCCUUUGCAAAACUCACGUUACUAAAAGUGGCCUGGGCAAGGCUCUAUACCAAUGUUUAUUCAUAGUUGCAUAAGGACUGUUCUCCCUUUUCUGCUCUUGGCAGCAAAUUCAUGCUAUGAUGUUUAGCAUGUCAUUAUGGGAUUGCUUAAACAUAUGGCUAAAGUUAAGCCUAUGCCAAGGGUUCUGUUUCAGCAAUAGCAUCGUUCUUUUUUAAAUUGGGUCUGCUUCAGGAAUUGUUUUUUUGGGGAGUAGGAGGCAGAUACAGCAUAUAAACACUUUGGAUUAGCAUUGCUUGGAAAAUAUGGAUCCCAUGUCUGCCUUUGGUUGCUUGAAUAUUUCUUGUAUAUUUACUUUCAUUGUCACUGAUUUGAUAAAAUAAACUGGUACUUUCUAAAA